AUGGCUGAGUCGCUGCUCCCAUCGACACAGCUGAGUUCAUUCCUAACUGACCCAUCUAGAUCAGCAGUUCCCAGUAACCAUACCGCAGACGAGUCCGAAUUUGACGAUUCAGACGAAGCUGGGGCCAAUGGAAGCGUUCUACAGAAAUCAUUCACCCAACUGUUUUCCCGUGGCUCGCCCAACCGUGGGAUCCCCGACCAGCACACUUCAUCUCAACGCGAUGAAAGGUUAAACAAUGAAAGUAGGAGCAGCAGCCCUACAAGUAGCCAUCAUAGUGAGGAAUUUCAAAACCUGUCGUUUAUGAAUGAUACAAGAGCACAAUUUGAUUUGGCUAUAAACUUGGAUGAUAAGAAAUUUUCUCAGACAGCGAGAUCACUACUGCUGUGGUUGCAGUCUAACGGAGACAAAAGAGUGUCAUCUAUUCGAAAAACGCCGCAAUUCCAUGGCCCGAAAGUACCGACAUUUGUGGAGUCGUCGGCAAUGCAGAAGCAUGAAGAUCUUGUCAAGCAGCUCACAGACUGUAAAAUUCAGCUCAGGCUCUACGAUAAAUUCCUUCAAGACCUAAUCGACAAGAAGCAGAUUGACGCGGGCGACAUUUCUGGCUUUCAUGAGACAUGGGAAGAGAGAGACCUGACUGUGGUGAAGCUUCGUCAGGAGCAUGAGGAAAUGACAACCCUAAUUGAGGAUUUAUACGCAAGUCUUGAGGAAAGCCAACAGAAGUGGCAGCAAGCGGACAAGAGGGCAGAAGUGUUGCACAAAUCGUUCGAGGACAUAAAGGAUGAAAUUUCAAAGCUUUUGCUACUGGCUGGCAUACUGGAAACGUUGGUGCUACAUCAUGACGACGCAUCGUAUGUUAGUCUGGCUAUUCCCUUGCUCCGAAAUCUUGUCGAUUCUAGCGUCUCGCGUCAAAGAGUGGCUGAAUUGGAAACGAAGAUUAAAGUGUACGAGAAGGAGGCGACACAGUCAGAAAGGCUUUUAGCUCAACAGACCGAAGAAAUAGCAUCAUGGCAAGCCAAAUUCAAUGAACUUCAAAUACAGAAUGAGGAACUUCAGGAUGCUGCCAACACCACACCCCCAAGGAUAAGUAAAGAUGUCGAAGCUCGGUUUGCAAAGUACGAGGCGAUGAUUGAUGAUCUACAAAGACAAAUUAACGAAAGGAAUGAUAUCACUAGACAAACGUCAGCUACUGACAUUGCCGAGAGCACUCAUCAUAUUCAGAAACUCGAAACGCUUCGAGAUGAAUAUGCAGCACUUCAACAGUCACAUGAAGACAUGAAGAGAGAGUUAAAACGCACGACGGAGUCUUCAGCAGCCACUAUCGAGUCACUAACGAGGCAGCUUAACAAUAGAAAAUCGGAACAACUCGCGCUCAGAGACCAACUUGCAUUAUUCAACGAGGUUAAGCAGGACCUCGAUAAAGCGGUAGAGAAGCAGAGAUUGCUACAGUCAGAGAAAAUCAAGCUCUCAUACCAAUUGGAGGAGCUAAAGCAGGACAGGAUUAAACUUCAAGGUAAUGUUGAUUUACUAACUGAAAAAUUGAAGGACACUCAGCUCGCUGAAGUUGUUCAAGACUCGCCCAUUGCAGACCAAGAGUCAAAAAUCAACUUUCAGCAAUUAUAUGAGUAUGACAUCGAACAGCUCAGCAAGCUUGGCGAUACAUUUGAUCGAUUAGUGGAUGAUAGCCUGAUCAACGAGCCGCUUGAGAAGGUCAGAACGAUCAAAGAUUUUCUCUCCAAGAGCGAUGCACUCAUACUUGAAUAUCCAGAUGAUGUUGUUAGUGACUUGUUGCAGUGUCACAAAAGCCUUUUUAAAUAUUUCACUAAAGCAGCAGACUUGUCGGUGGACGAUCACAUCAGCCUUUUGUUAAAGAAGCAACAAAGAGCAGAGGAAAACGACCGAUACGUCAAAAAGCUAUCCCAGAGGAUUGCUGAGCUUGAAGCUCAAAAUGAUCAAUUGAGUAGAUUGCAAGAAGAAGAUGAAGCAAACCUUUCCAGCAACGACUUGAGGUACCAGGAGCUCACUGCCCGUUGGAAGGCUGAGCGCGAAGCGAGGGUUUAUGAGAAUCGACUAGCUAAAAGAAAAUUUAGAGAACUCGAAGAUGAGAUUAGCAGACUUAGGGAAGGCAUAAGCGAUACGACGGCUUCAAGCAGAAUAUAUGAAUAG